AUGUUUGACCUACCCGCCAUGCUGCUAUGCUCGAUAGCAUCCGUCCUCUUUCCGAUAUUUGCUUCAUACAAGGCUCUUAAUUCGUCCGACCCCGCACAGCUAACACCAUGGCUCAUGUACUGGGUUGUGUUUAGCGUCUGCACAUUGGUCGAAUCUUGGGUAUCAUUUAUUGUCACUUGGAUACCUUUUUAUGGAUACUUUCGCUUGCUAUUCCUUCUCUACCUCAUCCUACCACAAACCCAAGGCGCCCGCGUUCUAUACGAGCAGUACGUCCACCCAUUUCUACAGGACAACGAGGCCCAGAUCGACGAGUUCAUUGCCGGCUCCCAUGAGCGCCUCAAAUCCACAGGGCUCUCAUAUCUUCGGCAAGCUAUCAACUAUGUUAGGGAGAAGUUCCUCGGCAUGCCCCCCGCCGAGCCUCCUGCGCCUAUUCCCGAGAACGUCGGCGCGCAAGGCUAUACGCAGGCUCUCCUCUCAAGGUUUAGCAUCCCUUCUACCAAAUGGGUCCCCAGCGGCGCCCAGAGCGGCGGCGAUCUUUAUAGCCUCCUGUCCAGCGCAGUCGCGGCCGCCAGCGGUGCUGGGACUGUGAGAAGCGCCACAGGUUCCAGUGACAUGACAGCAUCCGGCAAUCUCAUCCCGGACCACUUGCGUGAUUCCGGCGAGAAGAUGAGCUUUAUAUCUACACAGAAAGAACGCCUCAACUAUUUGCUGGCUGCUCUUGACCGCGAGGCGCAGCAGCUUCAAAGUGAACCGCCAAAGCAGGCCGCGCCGGGUACUUUCGACGGAAAUGCGGACUCUGCAUCUACACCUCGGUCGCCGAGCGGGCUCAGCAUGCUCAGCGCUCUCAGCAAGAGUCGCAGUGAGGCUGAUUUUGAAAAGAUUGAGGCUGAUAGCGGCACCGAAGACGAGCUCACCAUGCGCAGGCGCAACGUGUCGGGCGGCGGCUCUUGGAUGCCAUGGGCCUGGGGCGGCGGCGAAGAGCACACCGACGGCCAAGGCUCAAGCACUGGACGGGAGCACUAG